AUGGAUUGUUCACACACAUACUGUACUGUAUCUUGUGUAGCUCCAGCUGCUUCGCGCAGAAUGUCGCUCCCACUGCCUCGCGAUGCCGUCCCCUUGCUCAAACCAGGUUAUUCCCAAUUGCUGGACCUGGUCCACGAUGUUGCUGGCAUCGACCCCAUGACGCUGGUCAACAUCGGCCUGGUCAUUGUCGGACUGUUCACUUUUCUCGGCUAUGCUCUCGGCUACAUCUACAAGUACGUCCUGGACAUGGCCGGCUCGACUGUCCGGAUCGACGACGAGGAUCCGCUGUACCAGCACGUCAUGCGCUGGAUGGCUGAUCACCAGUUCUUGAACCGCCAGUUCCGCUCUGUCCGCGCCGUCAGCACCUCCAAGAGCUCGUGGGAAGAUGAGGAGGAGGCACUCAAGUCGAUGAUCGGUGGCCAGCAUCUCACGGAGCCUGAUCCCAACAACCUCAUCAGCUAUCGCUCCAUCGUCGGACGCACCCCGAUCAGUCUCCAGCCCUUCCAGGGCACCCAUCUAUUCCGUCGUCACGGCAGCUGGAUCCUCUUCAAGCACCGCGUCAACUCGGGCAUCCAGCUCAUGCCGCUGCCCAAGGAGCGCGGCUACAUCCUGCUUCAAUGCCUGGGCUUCUCCACCGCACCCCUGCAGCGCCUGAUGGAGGAGGCGCAGCUGUACAACCUCGAGCGCAGCAUGACCACAACCACCAUAUUCCGCGCCAUCAGCAACGUCCGCGACAUCGUGCGCUGGUCCAAGUUCAGUGCCCGGCCGUCACGCGACAUCUCCACCGUUAUCUUCGACAAGGCGAAGAAACAGGCCCUGCUCAAGGACAUCAACGAAUACCUCCACCCGCACACGCGCCGCUGGUACGCAAACCAUGGAAUCCCCUACCGUCGUGGCUAUCUGUUCUCAGGCGCACCGGGCACAGGCAAGACGAGUCUCACGUCAGCUCUGGCGGGAAUCUUCGGGCUCGAUAUCUACGUCCUCAGCCUGCUGGACCCCAAUCUGAGCGAGUCGCAAUUGAUGCGACUCAUGUCAGAGAUCCCACCGUGCUGCAUCGUCCUGUUGGAGGACGUCGACGCGGCCGGUCUCACACGUCCGGACAACGGCGAUUCCUCGCGAGGGUCAAGAAUCUCGCGGAGAAGAGGGCCAAGUAUUCAACUGGACGGAACCGAUCCUAUGAGUUUGAUCCAGCCAGCUGCGAAUGGAAACAGCAGCAACAACAAUGGACCCGCUCCCAGCGUGUCAAUCUCGUUGUCGGGCCUAUUGAACGCCAUCGACGGCGUGUCGUCACAGGAAGGCCGCAUUCUCAUCAUGACCACCAACUCGCCCGAGGCGCUGGACAAGGCGCUUGUCCGCCCAGGACGGGUCGACAUGCAUAUCGUCUUUGAGCUGCCGUCACAGGAAGAGAUGCGUGAGCUGUUUCUGAGCAUGUACAGUGAAGGUCCGAGGGAGAGUACGGCAACAACAGCAUCUAUACCAUCACCAAUGUCUAAUGGCAAUGGCAUCUCGCCUCUUGAAAAGGACGUGGAAGCGGACCUAGACCUGGAAUAUCUAGCCCAGCAAUUCGCCGCCUCGAUCCCCGAGAAACGACUGAGUCUGGCAGCUCUGCAAGGUUUCCUUCUCCAGUACAAAAGACGUCCUCGAGAGGCGUGUGAAAAGGCUGCAGCUUGGGCCGAACAAGCCUUGCAGAAGACAGCACAGGAAGACGAGCAGCAGGAGAAAGCUGUUCAAUGA